UUUCUACCAACAUAAAUCUAGUUUGCAUGGACCAGUUAAGUUUUCCACACAGCUCAACGUUUUUUUGUGGUUCGUCAAAAGCUAAUAAUAUUUUGAAAUACUCAAUGAAGUAAUAUUUUAUAAGUAAUACUAAUACUUGUUUUACGUGCGAAAUUAAUAACCGAGAAAAUAUCAAUUAUUCGUACUACUUAAUUACCCAACACAUUAAUUAUUCGAUGCUUAAUUUUUGACAAAUUUAUACUAAUCCAUACGUAGCAAGAAAUGGAGCCCUAUACUGGCCCAGAGUUGAAGUGUCCUACAUGUUUAAAAAUUUACAAAACAAACAAAUAUCUAGAGAAGCAUAUCCUUUCACACACUAAUCUAACUUGUGAGAUUUGUGUGAAAACUUUUAAAAACCCCACGUGCCUCCGUCAGCACAUCUACUACUUGCACGGCAAUCGGCCUAAAAAAGCAUGUAGCAUUUGCCCCCGAGAAUUUAGACUUUUGGCUCAUUUAAGACAACACAUGAAGAGCGUUCAUAGCUCUGUGAAAAGACCUCGACUCCCGUGUAACUUCAUCGGCUGUGCGAAAACGUGUUUGAACGAGCGAGACAUGGCGUGGCACUUUAGGAUGGAACAUGCCGCAAACCCUGUCCGACUUUAUUGUGCCCUUUGUAGCAGAGUGUUUAAAAAAAGUGGAGAUCUUCACCGGCACAUUGCGACUCAUACGAAGGAGAGAGCCUACCCGUGCGCAAUAUGUGGGAGCAGGUUUGGGCAAAGUAGAACUUUGAGGUGCCAUGAGCGAACCCAUCAGGACACGUCAUCCCGAUCAAGGUUAUCUUGCCGGAUUUGUCCAAGGACGUUCUUGAGCAAACUGGGGUUGCAAAACCACCAGAAUUUCCAUGAAGGUCGCAAAUAUCCUUGCAAUUUGUGUCAUAAAACCUUGGCGACAUAUUCCGGCCUGAAAAUUCAUAUAAAGACGAAACACUCGGGGGACAAAUUGCCACGUUUUCCUUGUGGCCAAUGCGAGUACAGAACAUGGACCAAGGGAAACCUCGACGUCCAUGUGGGACGAAUGCACGGAGGGGUGAAGGAGCACGGUUGUUACUUUUGUGGAAAUAAGUUUUUCACCUUUCACGGCUUAGUGAGGCAUGUCAGUUUUCACAUAAAUGAGAAAUAAACCGUCGUAAAGGCACAUAAGGAAGUAUCUUUAGACUAGAGUAAGGAAAACCCCGGGAUUUUGCUAUUCAAAAUCCAUACCCCGGGGCUUUAGCUGGGUUUUGCGGGUAGUCGGGGUAGUCGGGGUUUUAGGGGCUAACUGAGUCACGACAUCAUGUAUUAAAUUUUGAAAACACUAGUUUAUGUAUAUGUAUAUAUAUAUAUAUAUUUUGGCAAUUUCGCAACAAAGCAGCUUAUUAAUUCAAAUUUAAUAAAAAUUAAAUUGUUUAAUUGUUAGUAAUGUCCUAACACGAUGCUUCAUGAAAUUCGAAAACCCCGACUACCCGUUGGUAUUGCUCAUUUUUGCUACCCCAAAACCCACCAAUACCCGCAAAACUUCAAUUCCCCAAAAACCCGGGGUAGCAUACCCUGCUUUACACCCAUUUUACCCCAACCACUCUCACGACAUCGCAGGAAGACUAUAUCAAUAGAUUCAAUUUUUGUAAAAAUCUCAUUUUACCCCGACCACAAUGAUUGAAAUUUUUGAUGUUGAUUAUUUUCAUAGUUAGAGAUAUAUUUCAUGAAUUUUAUUACGCAAUUAAUAAAGUCUCUAAAAUUAACUUACGGAGUAAAACAUUUAGUAAAAUAUUUAGAAGAAACACAUUUUCUUCAAAACUGGCAAUGUUCAUAUUAUUAUGGAUAAAUAUAUAAUUGUAUAAUUAGUAG